AUGACUCUUUUCUCUCUACCACCACAUGCUCUAACCAUUAAUAUGUCCAGUAUUUUAGAAAACCCAACAUUCUCAAAUGUGGGAGAUCUAUCAAAUUCCUGUUCACCAAAGGACCAAGAUGUCAACCCACAAUCCCUAAACGCAUUUGUCCCAAGUAACCCUGCUACCAUCUCUCCAGAGGUCAACCCACAAACCACUCAAGCUUGCUCACCUGCAGUGUCCCAAUCUUUGGUCAAAGAGCUAUCCAUUUCAAGUGAGGGUACGUGCUCUACCAUUCCAAAUGGUGCUAGAAUACACACACAACAGAUUUGUGCGAGCUCUAGUGGGAAUCCACAUAAUGGAACAGACAUGCACAAGGAAGUCCCAAGCAAGAAGCCAACCAAGGUAACCAGUUCGUUGGCUACAAAGGUAAGGCCACAGGUAAACCCAUGUCCUAGCACUUCUUAUUUUGUUUCUGAAUCCUCUAUUAGAAGUAAGGAAGGUGUGGGCCAUGCUCUGUCAAAUGAGGGGAUGCAAGGUUCUUUAGUCACCACCCAAAAUGUACCACUAGAAGAACAACCCCGAAGUGAUGAUAGAUUGAAACAAACUACCUCCUGGAGCCAGGUUGUCAAGAAUGGAGUGGGUCUAGACUCAAAUAUUCAUGGUUCAGCUAAUCAUAAAGCCAUGUCUCUCAAAUUUGUUGAACCCAUUAGGGAUGCUCAAUGGAUUGUGGUUUCUCCCCCUAGGGAUAUAGUUGCAAAAGGCUGCAAGGAGUGGGAAACAUGCUUUGUGGGGAAUCAAGAGACUCUUAACUAUUGCAGUACAAGUUCAAAUGAACCCCAUCUUACUCUACCUGAGUUAUCUCAACAAAUUCAAGGGGAGAUUCUUCCUACAGGGAAUGUGGUAAUCUAG